UUGAAAUUUGAUUCUAUUGUAAAAACUUGCUGGAACUUUUUGUUUUGCUCAGUCAUGUCUUAAGGAUCUUCAAUUAUCACAUUCCCGCCACUCAGUCUUUCCAUUUUUACUUCUUGAAUUUCUACGGCAAUUUUUACUUAUCUUUGAAUUUCUACGGCAAUUUUUACUUAUCUUUGAAUUUCUACGGCAAUUUUUACUUAUCUUUGAAUUUCUACGGCAAUUUUUACUUAUCUUUGAAUUUCUACGGCAAUUUUUACUUAUCUUUGAAUUUCUACGGCAAUUUUUACUUAUCUUUGAACUGUCUCCUUAGCUGUAAAAAAAUAAAUAAAAUAAAAUAAGGGAUUUGGACAGCAUCGGGAUGAGCUUGAGUAGAACAAAAGUUUGAAGGCUGGGUCAAGCCAGGCUGGGUCAGGUGUGGCAUCUUUGGAUAGGUUAGGACGGGGAGUGGAGAGUGAUGAAAAGAAUUAUGAUGCUAGUAAAUGAUUAACAAAUGAAUACUGUCUUAAGUUUCCCACCAACUUUCCUUAGCCGGGCCUCAGACAGUGACUGCGGGGUGCAGCAGGAGGCGCUAACUCUCCCCUACCCGCUGUUUGUCGCGCUGAACAUUGGCCCGGCGCUUGUGGCUGCCUUCCUCGGCUCUUAUGUGGAGCCCGUGGCUGCUGGCAGUGGCAUCCUGCAGGUCAAGUGUUACCUGAAUGGCGCCAAGGUGUCCCGCGUGGUGAGGAUCAAGACCCUGAUGAGCAAGGCCGUGGGGGUGACCUUCUCUGUGCUGGGAGGCCGGGCCGUGGGAAAGGUCAGGUCGUGGGCAAGGUCUGUGGCCGUGAGCUGACCACCAAGAUGCUGCUGCCCACGGUGCCGGCCAUGGCCAAGGGCAGGGUGGCCAAGACUACAGAUGAUGGGCCACUCCUAGACAAAGAGCGGCGGGGAAGAGGAUGGUUAAGACACCUUGUGCAUGUUAAUACUCUCUCAUACUUGUGCCAAGGCCUAACACUGUGUGGCCAACACUCUCAGCAGGGGCUUUGUCUUGUGAUGUAUGUUGUUCAUUUUGUAUUUUAUUCUUUGUAGCUGUGUGAACUGCCUUAAAGUGAGUAUUUAUGCUCACUUUCAUGACAAGAAAAUGUUUUAUGUUGCUGGCUGCCACAGGCUCUAUACAAUCAUGAGUUGUUCAUCAAUCCACAGGAAUAUUUUAUUGGCUUUACAUUUUUUACAUUAUAGUUUGAUGGAAUGUUCUCUUCCCUGCCUGGUGCUCAGCCUUCAUCAUUUCAGAGGCUGACUGAUUGAGGGAAGGAAGUGGGUACUGAAUUCAGUACUGUUUGCUGUUGACACGGUGCUCAUUGCAGAAAAUGAAAGUGACCUACAAAACUUGGUCACUGUUUUUGACAGUGUCUGUAACAAGAGCAAGAGAAAGCUGAAAGUAAAUGUCAACAAAAGUAAAGUGAUGGUUUCUGAAAAGUGAGGUUGUAGAUUUUGUAUGCCCAUAUAGAGUGGAAUUGAAUGUGAAAAAGAAUGCAAAAUAAUUUUGAAUUUUGAAGAACACAAAGACACAAAGGAAGAACAAACAACAGCAGACCUGCUGGUCCUUACGAGGCUGUUUGUGACAAGCUACACUAACUAUCUAAUCAAAGGUGGAAGAUGAAGGACAGCAAAGGCGAAGGCUCUUCCCCACCCCCCAUCCCUCCAGCCAAAGCUGGCAGGAAAUGAAAAAGAACCAUGCAGCAUGGAAAAACUGCAUGGAAAUUAUGUAGGAAAGAGGAAAGAACUACCAUUACUGCUACCACUAACCGGGCGAUAAAAGCGGACAAGGACACCAGUAUUCGAAAUAACUUAACGUUAUUACGACAAUGAGUAAUAUCUUAGUUGCUGGUUGGAUUCAAAACACUUGUCUAAUCUAUUAUUGAAGGCCAUAACUGUUGUACUAUCAACGACAUCACAGGGUAGAGAGUUCCAACCUUAACAACUCGAUUGAAGAAGAAGUGUUUAGCUUCGUGUGACGAGAAUCUUUUACCACUUAUCUUCAAAUUGUGAUUUCUUCUUGUUCUAUUUUGAUCGAUCAACUGUAAAGUAAUCUUCCGCAUUAAAUGGUGAAGGUCAAUGAGUUUAAGUAC